AUCUGUUACGGACGACGAUUGCAGAAAUGACCGUUUGCUUCGAUUGGCGAUACUAAAAUGAUACUUAACAAGAUCCCUUCAUUUCCUUCUCACAUAUUCAAAGCGAAAACUGCCUUCGACGCUCAGUCGUCGACAAAGAAAGGUAGACAAGAGACGAUAGAGUCUUGCAACGCUGCAAGAAUCGGACAAUAAACACCACAAGACGAUUGCUUUAGAGAGUUGACAAUAGGAACCGACUGAUUGACCAACAAUAGGCUGGUCUGGGUCGUUUUUUACGGUAUUUGGAGGGGAAAACGACCCAGUUGUUGACGUAGUUGACAAUAGAGUGAGUAGAUUGAAAAAAGCGGUCCAAGAUGAUGUCCGUGCAAUCAUUCCAGAGUUCAAGAGACCCUGCUGGGAUCGAUCCGUCAGGAGUAGACAUUGUGGCUGGCACCGAUCCGCCUCCUGACGAGAAUCGAGAGAGUUUUGAGGCCGAUCCUCCGAUUCUCCCACCUCAUUCAAUGGCUGGUCCACCCCCACCCACUCCACGCCGAACGCAUCAUCCUGUUACCCAGAAUGGGAUUCGAGCACCUUCCCCUGUCAUGGCGUUCUUAGUUGGUUCGCCACCGCCGCCACCGCCAACCCCACCUCCACAAAAACAACGAGCCCCUGCAGUAGCACCGCCUUCUCACGCGAGACGUCGUCAUUUGCCACUGUCGCCAGCGGGAGACGCCAGUGCUACUACUGGAUUCUCAUCACUAUCAUCCCCUCCUCGAAGACCGCCGUCACGGGAGCCUCGAGAACUAACAGAGAGCGUCAAUCCAAACUUUGUGGAUCAAAGGCGUCGAGAAGCUUUGGCAAUCUACGAAUCUCCCAACUUGUACAUGGUACACGAUGAACCGGGAUUUGUCCCUGCCAGGUCAACGGCUCCUGAAGCUCCAAAGGACCAAACCAAAAUGGACCAGAAUCAAACGAUGGAAGAUAGCAGCAGCAGCAGAUUUGAUUCUGUCAUAUCCAUGGCGUCGCCUAGAAGCGCCGCCACAGAACCCCAUAGCAACCAACGCACCGCCAUGAAGAGAAACCUUCCUCCCAAGCGCACAAACCACCAAGAAUCGAGUGAGUAUCAGUUAAACGAGGUCCCUCCCACUUCAAGUAGUAGUAGCAGCAGCGUUAAGCCGUCAAAUGUGGCAAAGAGGGUCAAGACAGAAGCUGGCACUGGGGGAACCAAGAAGCGACGAGGAAGAGCGUCUACGGGCACUAUUAGUAACACUACUAACGCCACGAGACCAAAGACACCAGAGAGACGUGGCCGCGGCAAGAGCUCAGAACGAAACAAGCGGGCAGAAACCCCGGAAAGGCAGAAACGAGGUUUCUUUCGAAAUAUAUUCCGUGGGGGCAAGAAGACUUCCAAGUCGAGCGAAGGAAACUACGGGAAUGAUGAUGAUGGGGAGGAGCUCAUCCAAAAGGCCAAGCCAACCCCCAAAAAGAAACCAACAAACAAUCAAGUCUCCCAGAUUUCAUCGAUGUCGCCGAGUCCUGGUAUCUUAAAGUCUUCAACAGACGCUAGCAACGUGGCUCUGCCCAGAGUUGCAUUCCGAGAUGAUCCUUCCUUUAGUGCCAGCCACCAAAACCAAAAGGUCUCGUCGCUCGAAGUUGAUACGGGUCACGAAACAGUCCGGGAAGCCAAAGCCACUUCCGAAGAGCUGCAUCUUGGUUUUGGUUUGGGUUUGGACACCGUGACAUCGGGAUUGACAAACGACGUGGAGCCUGAACGCAGGGAUAUCUUUUUCGCGCAUGAUGAGGUCAGUACCUUGACAGCCCCAUCGGCACAUGACCAUGGGCGACGAAAUGUGGACCCGAUUGAAGCCAGUGCCACCGUAUCUAGUGGACAGUCUUCAGAACCAAUGGGCCAUUACUGGAAUGGAGCCGGUACUGUACAUUCAGAUGCUACGCCAAAGGCGUCGGCUUCAUCCCCAACUAUUGAUCCUUUUACGGCUCCCUUCUUCCAGGAACCAGAUGGAGAAUCACCAAUCACUUCGAAGAAGGCGAAAGCAAGCCUACAAGUAGACGUUCCUCCGACCCUGGAUCCCUCCGGUGAAACUCCCCGAGAAAAAGCUAGCGCAACUCACUUGAACGAGCCUUCUCCACGAGGAUGGGAAAGCCCCAUCACUGAACUGAAGGAUCCAUUAGGGAGCACAAUCUCGGAGACCAACUCGCGACGUUCCAUUCCAGGUUUUGGUCGCUCAGAGUCGACGCAACAGCCCAAGAUUCCUCCUAGUCAAAGGAGCCUUCCCCAUGAACUUCGAAGGGAACCAUCUGCCUUUCGGGACGGUUCUCCAUACGCGUUGGAUCCCCCACUUCGUUUCCCUGACGAUGAUAGCGACGAUAAGUUGCCAAAGAAUGUGGCUGGGAUAAUAUCUCGGUUGCACUCCAAAGCACGUCACGCACAAGAGAAUAAGUCAAAGGUUGCGGCUGAUCCUGAAACUGAACCACCCAGCACCCGGGAUAAGUUGGACUCCUUGUUCUCGACACAGUCACAAAGCGCUGAUGAGUUCACCCGGAAGAUUCUCGGAAAUCAGCCGCCUCCCGCAACAACAUCUAGUGGAGGUACGCUGAGCAAACGAAGUCUUCCUUCGACGAAUAAAGGAAGCCCACCUCAAGCAGUAUUGGAGAAAGAGAACCCCCCAUUGGCGACACUGAAGAAAGAAAGUCCUCCUCACGCUGUGUUGAAAAAAUGGGGACCACCCCAAGCCGCAUCGAAGACAGAAAGCCCUCCUCAAGCCGCGUUGAACAAGGCGAACUCUCCGCGUAUUGCAUUGAUAAGCUCCCCUCAGGUCGCACUGAAAAAGGCAAGCCAUUCUCAGAUCGACCCAAGUCCAGACAUUAAAAAGAAAUCCAGCGAUAUCCUACUGCCUGAGAGCCCGGAUACGACUGGAUUCUUAGAUGACCUGUUCCAAGAGAAACCCGCAAGUAGCCACAAGCGACCUUCCAUUGUUCGGCCUAUAUCCAUCAACAUUACAGAGUCGUCGAACCCGUCGUCCGACCAGUCUUCCAAUGUGAAGGACACCGGCCCUUCCAAAACGAACGCUCAGACUCAGAUUAUCGAGAUUCAUCGUACACAAAGGAUCGCGUCACCACGCUCUAACAAGCUUAUGGGAGGGCCUUUUGUGACGGAAGCCAAUUCGACGACCCCUGAAGCGCAACCGUCUCCGCCAAGCAGGCCUCCCGUAUCGCCAUGGACGGAACAGAGACUUUACAAUGGGUCGACAGUGGUAUACAAACAGCGAGACGGUGACGAGGAAGAGAAAAAGGAACAGGAGCAUGGCCACGUAUACACCUCCCUUGACGCGUCUCCCUCCAAAGCUAUGCUCGCAACAGGUACAGCUGCCCUUAGUACUGCUGCUUGUAUGAAUGCCAAGACUGUUGCAUACCUUCACACCUUGAACGGCCAGCCUUCGCCCCGGCAUUCGUGGCGUCGGCCUGAUUUUAGUGAUGACGAGUAUUCUCCACCAGUCAAGCCGGAAAUUCAACGAAAGGAAGUGUCGGCUGUAAAGGUCUCGAUUUCGAAGAAGCGAGCAUUGCAGGCGCCGGAAUGCAACACCGAUGAAGCAGCUUUUGAUAGCUUUAUUUCCUCUGGACCAAUCUCUCCUCCCAUGAGCACAAAGAGUUGGCGUCACGGACGCGUCAAUUUUAUUGCAGCUUCCGCCCCUGAGCCUCCGCCUAAGGCAUCGUCUCUUGUCGCGAAAAUUCGGAAUAAACAACCCGUUCCAGCACCUGCUUCCAAGCCCAAGCCUCUAAGGAGCAUCCCUGUCAUCAAAAGCAUCCCUGUCGUUAGAGGCAAGCCGCAAAGCAACAAGCCCAAAAACGCCGUGAAGCUCCAUACUCAAAGCAAAUAUGGCGCUCUGAGUCCGAGAAGUCGAAAACAGGCUCGUGAGAACUUUCGGCGGCCUCUUUACUAUUAUAGAUUCAACAGAGAUGUGCGCGUUACAGGGGCGGCACUAACAUUCGGGUUGGAUCUCCAAAGGCGAAAACGAGAAGAAGACAUCUUGAACGGGUUCGUCAUUCCAUCGCGAAAGCCAAAACUAGUUAAGAAGAAGAAACCAGCACCAGCUUUCCGACCAAUGGUGGAGGAAGAUAUCAAAGACCCCAUUCAGCGUGCAGGACGUCGCCUGUUGACCAAAGCUGCGGUCCCAAUUCAGUCAUCUGCGAGAAUGUACCUUGCGCGUCAAGAGGCGUUGCAACGAAUGGAAGCAAUUAUCAUUCUUCAAUCAUACUUCCGCAGAUGGCAAUGCGAGGCAUUUCUCAGAGCAUACAAGUUCACGUGCACAAAGAUCCAAGCGGCAUUCCGUAGCUGGUUGGUACAAGACGAGAUUGCAUUCAAGCAUUAUCAUGCAACGCAAAUCCAGAAAGUUGUCAGGGGUUACAUUGCUGCGGCAUAUGUUUAUGAUGCGAUCUAUUGGGUCUCGCGCUUGCAAGCAUCAUUCCGAGGCAAGCUAGCCCGUCUCCGGUUUAGAAGGCUCUUCGAGCUACGAGAGAGAAGCGCUCUCCGUUUGCAAUCUUGGCAUCGUGGAUGCUUGGCAAGGGCUGAAGCGACAGAACGAAGAUUGGCAAUUUGCUCCGUUCAAACAGUCUAUCGAAUGCAUCUUGCGAAGGUACAGUACCAUUUGACAAUCGAGGACAUUGUAACGACUCAGAGUGUUGCUCGUCGGUAUCUGGCACGAAAAGUAACCGAUGAAAUGCGAUCCGUCAAAAUGAACAGUGCUGCUUGCAAGAUCCAAGCCACUUGGAGAGGCUUCCAGGGUUACACCGAUUAUAUAUUUGCACUGGUCGACAUAUUGGUUCUUCAACGAACGAUGAGGAAGUGGCUUGCCAAAAGACGAGUAGAAUCGUUGCGUCGAACCCGCGCAGCAAUCAAGAUUCAGGCCCAGUGGAGACGCCAGACUGCUCUCAUUGGGAUGCUGUACGAUUUGGUUCACAUCAUCAUCGUCCAAAGCAUUGCCAGAAGAUUCUUGGCAAACAGGAAGAUCAUCCCUCGAAUCCGACUAGACUAUUCCUUAAGGAUGGAGCACCAACAGAAACUCGAUGCCGCGGCAACGCAAAUACAAACUGCGUGGCGUGGGUUUUGGGGUUAUUCUCAUUUUAUCAUUAUGCAAUAUGAGAUUAUCCGUUUACAGGCCAUCAUUCGAGGCAGGGCGUCACGUAUACUGUUCAGUUUGAAGUUGGGUUGUUGCAUUAUGAUACAAUCGUCCGUGCGACGUUUCCUCGCCAACAAGAAGGUUUUCCGGCUAAGAUUGAAGCAGGCAUCGUUGGGCGCGAAGGUCGAGGGUUUGAGAGUGAAACUCGCCGUCCAACGCAUUCAGUUUUGGUGGCGCGUAGUGAUGGAAUGCAGCAAAGAGAAACACGCAGCGCUCGUAAUCGAACGCUUCUUUAUGAUGGUCAAGGCUGAGGUUGACAAAGAAAUCGUUCGCCAGCAACAACUCCACGAACUGGAAGAGCGGGAGAUCCAAGCGAAACUGACCAACCGAAGCAAGGAGCAGCAUCGAAAGAAGCAAGAAAUCAAAAAAAGCGCAGCCGAGGACAAGCUGCUUGAACGAGUUUGGCUGAACACCGUAGACUCUGAUGACAUUUUCGCCCAAACAGCCACCCCAACUGGAACUGGUCCGACUCCGAAGCAAGCAACCCAUGCUGCACCUACGAGCACCAGAAGCAAAAGUGCCCCACGCCCUCAUCAUUCUCAUCAAAACCCUGUCCAUGUUCCACCGCCGAGAGAGGAAGCGCCGACGAAUGGAUUCAAGUCUCACAUGCAUUCUCCCAUUACUGUCAAGCACCGUCCCAGUUCCCCCAGCAAUGCAUUGGUAAUGAGACAUGAAAACGAUCGCUCCACUCGCCGAGAAAAUGAUCGUUCUCGCCCUGCAAUGGAAAACAACCGUUCCACCUCCCGACGAGAAAGGGAAAACGAACGCAGUUCCUCGCGAACACGAGAAAGGGAAAACGAACGAAGUUCCUCGCGAACACGCCGAGAACACGACCAUGAUCGCGAUCGUUCAACACGCCGCGAACAGGGCCAUGACCGUUCCUCGUCUCGCCGAGAAAGGGAAAAUGAUCGAGCCUCCUCCAACCGGGAAAAGGAAGCGGCGACCCGGAAAGAGGAAGUGACUAAAACAAGUCGUCGAAUUCCCCGUAGCAAGCCGCCUCCUGAUGUGACACUGACAAGGAGCGAUGAGCGGACUGAGGUUUCGGCAAUCACAAGCCCUUCAGUCUUUCGAAAGUCUGGUGGAGGGAAGCGCUCCACGAAGAACUCAGAUCGGUCUGGUAAAAGUCAACGGAAAUUUGACGACGAAGACGAAUCUGACGGUGGAGAGAAUGGCGACCCAAUUCCUGUUAGCACCAAAAGUAAAGUGAGAAAGGAUCCGUCAUCGGCCCCUGCAAAGACAAAGAAGUCACAAUCGUCGUCGGCACCUCGCAAAACACCAAAAAGCCACUUCUUCUCAGAAGAAACCGUGGCGACUACCCCUGGUGGGAAGGCCAACAACGAUAACAGUCUGAGGAGGAGGCAUUCAAUUGCUACCGUACCCAGCGAAGACUCGGCAAUCAUAUCCGAGUUCAGCGACAUGCCAUCGCAAAUCUAUUCGCGAGCAGCCACUACAACAUCGCGCACGACUGCAACGCACCCAGAAACCUUGGACAGCGCCGGUGGGAGUCCAAGAUCUGAUUUCAGAUCUGACGUCCAAACAGAGAUCGAUGUCCGGCAGACAGUAAUGAGUGGGCUGAGUUCCAAUCCCUCUGUGGACAAGUUGUAUGGCAAAGAUAGAUAUAGUACUGUGCCAACAAUGAGUGCUGUGUCGAAAGGUAAAAGGUUGCUCGAGAGUGUUCGCAGCAACAACAGCAACAAGAAAUCUCCAGGAUCCCCCAGGCACGGUCAGAUCAUGGUUAAAAAUUGCAACGAUUUUCCAAUCCUAUCUAAAGAUUCCAGAGACAACGUUGAGGCGGAAUACCCAACUGAAGUGGAACAGUUUGGAAUGAUUUAAUCAGAAAUUGGGAAGGAGGUUCCACUAGCUAGAGCGGAAAAUAGAGCAUUCCUCUUUAGGAAUAAGAGUAUAGUGUUACUUUCAUGGC